CGAGGCGAGGACUUUUCUAGAGGGUUCCAAGUGCAUUGUGGGAUUGUUAGACCGGCAUCGCCUUCCUUUUCUCUUGUCUGCCAAGAUGAUGAAUCCACAGCUUAUCGUUCUGAAGGAAGGGACAGACACCUCCCAAGGUGUGCCCCAACUGGUCAGCAACAUCAUGGCCUGCCAGGUGAUCGCAGAGGCAGUCCGCACCACCCUGGGCCCCCGUGGUAUGGACAAGCUGGUGGUGGACAACAGAGGCAAAGCAACCAUUUCAAAUGAUGGUGCUACCAUCUUGAAACUUCUGGAAGUGGUCCAUCCUGCUGCAAAGACUCUUGUUGACAUUGCCAGGUCCCAGGAUGCUGAGGUUGGUGAUGGCACAACCUCCGUGACGCUGUUGGCGGCAGAGUUCCUGAAGCAGCUGAAGCCGUACGUGGAGGAGGGCCUCCACCCACAGACCAUUAUCAGGGCCUUCCGCAACGCCACCCAACUCGCUGUCAAGAAGAUCAAGGAGAUCGCCGUCACCAUCAAGAAGGACGACAAGCAAGAGCAGAGGCAACUUCUGGAGAAGUGUGCUUCGACCGCGAUGAACUCAAAACUAAUUGCCGGACAGAAGGGCUUUUUCUCCCAGAUGGUGGUGGACGCUGUCAUGUCGCUGGAUGAACUCCUGCCCCUGAAGAUGAUUGGAAUGAAGAAAGUGCAGGGUGGAGCUCUUGAGGACUCCCAGCUGGUGGCAGGUGUUGCCUUCAAGAAGACCUUCUCCUAUGCAGGUUUCGAGAUGCAGCCCAAGCGCUAUGACAACCCAAAGAUCGCUCUGCUCAAUGUUGAGCUGGAGCUCAAAGCAGAGAAGGACAACGCAGAAGUCCGUGUCAAGUCUGUAGAGGAUUACCAGGCCAUCGUGGAUGCCGAGUGGAACAUCCUCUACGACAAGCUGGAGAAGAUCUACAAGUCCGGGGCCAAGGUGGUGCUCUCCAAGCUCCCCAUCGGAGACGUGGCCACGCAGUUCUUCGCAGACAGGGACCUGUUCUGCGCCGGCCGAGUGCAGGAGGAGGAUCUCAAGAGGACGAUGAUGGCCUGUGGGGGCUCCAUCCAGACGAGCGUGGGCUCCAUGACCGAAGACGUUCUGGGCCAGUGCGAACUCUUCGAGGAGGUCCAGGUUGGAGGAGAGAGGUACAACUUCUUUAAGGGCUGUCCGAAGGCAAAGACGUGCACCAUCAUCCUGAGGGGCGGGGCGGAGCAGUUCAUGGAGGAGACAGAACGCUCACUGCACGAUGCCAUCAUGAUUGUGCGCAGAGCAAUCAAGAAUGACUCUGUCGUUGCUGGUGGAGGGGCCAUUGAGAUGGAGCUGUCCAAGUACCUGAGGGAUUAUUCCAGAACCAUUCCUGGCAAGCAGCAGCUGCUGAUCGGUGCCUACGCCAAGGCUCUGGAGAUCAUCCCUCGGCAGCUGUGCGACAACGCCGGCUUCGACGCCACUAACAUCCUCAACAAGCUGAGGGCCAAGCACGCACAGGGCGGCAUGUGGUACGGCGUCGACGUCAACAACGAGGACAUAGCCGACAACUUCCAGGCGUGCGUGUGGGAGCCGGCCAUCGUGCGCAUCAACGCGCUCACCGCCGCGUCGGAGGCCGCGUGCCUCAUCCUGUCCGUGGACGAGACCAUCAAGAACCCCCGCUCCAGCAUGGACGGCCCACCGGGCGGUGGCCGAGGACGAGGCCGCGGGCGCCCUCAUGCGCACUAAACGACCCCUCCCUGCCCCCCACCAUACCCACUCUCUCUCUCUUCCACCCCCUGUCAGCUGGGGCAGGUCACCUUGGAAGGUCAGACCUGUGGACUCUUAAACACGCAGUAGUGAAAGGCUGGUGAAAAAGAUCGUUGUUGGUUGUAGCUGAUUGGCUUGUCUCUGCACUCCCAUCGCUCCUUGUAAUAAUUAUCUUUGUUACAGAACACCCUUUUUUUUUUUUUUUUUUUUUACAUUUUAUUUACGGUUAGUCAUCGUUUUUCAUGUCCGGUGUUUCAGUCUGAGCCAGAGAUGGUCUGUUUGUAAGAGUCAUAAUAAAAACAUGCGGGUGUUCUCUCUCAGUAUUGUCCGAGUGUGUCUCAUGGUUAGCUGAGUGGAAGCCCUGCCCUCCUGAUACGCACUGAUGUCCAGCCGCAGUAGAUUUGCCGUUUUGUGGAAUAACUCUGUGGAGCUAUUUAUUGGACCAUUAAAAUGAAUACUCCCACA